GUCAGAAGGACAACCGGCCCCCGGACAGGUUCCAGCUCACCUUCCCGCUGCGCACCAACUACAUGUAUGCCAAGGUGAAGAAGAGCCUGCCUGAGAUGUAUGCCUUCAGCAUCUGCAUGUGGAUCAAGUCCAAUGCCUCCCCCGGCAUGGGCACCCCCUUCUCCUAUGCUGUGCCCGGGCAGGCGAACGAGCUGGUGCUGAUCGAGUGGGGCAACAACCCCAUGGAGAUCCUCAUCAAUGACAAGGUGGCCAAACUGCCCUUUGUCAUCAAUGACGGCAAAUGGCAUCACAUCUGUGUCACCUGGACCACGCGGGACGGGGUGUGGGAAGCCUACCAGGAUGGCACACAGACAGGCAACGGCGAGAACCUGGCCCCCUACCACCCCAUCAAGCCCCAGGGGGUCCUGGUCCUGGGCCAGGAGCAGGACACGCUGGGCGGAGGGUUCGACGCCACACAGGCCUUCGUGGGGGAGUUGGCUCACUUCAACGUGUGGGACCGCAAGCUCAGCCCCGGGGAGGUGUACGGCCUGGCCACCUGCAGCUCCAAGGCACUCGCGGGCAACGUCAUCUCUUGGGCCGAGGCCAACAUCGACAUCUACGGCGGGGGCCACCACGGGGCCUUUGGGG